GGCGGCAUGGGCGGGAUGGGACUCGUGCGGCGGCGGCCCCCGGGCGCCCGGCUCCUCCCCGCCUGUGCGCCGGAGCGCCGGCGGCCGCGUUGAGCUGUGCGGCGCGGGCCGGGCGAGCUGCCGCCUGCGCCCGAAGCGAGCGGAGCGCGGCCAUGCCCGGGCCCUAGCGCGCUGCCGCAGCCCGCGCCCGCCGCCGCCUCUUCAAUGGGCAACCUGCUCGGCGGGGUCAGCUUCCGCGAGCCCACCACCGUGGAGGACUGCGACUCCACCUGGCAGACCGACUCGGAGCCCGAGCCUGAGCAGCCGGGGCCGGCAGGCGGUGGCGAGGGCCAGGAGCAGGACGAGCGGGAGCAGCCCGAGCAGCCUCCCGAGAGAGCCGGAGGGCGACCCCGCGCCAGUCCGGUGCCCGAGGACCACGCGGAGGCGGCGGGCGCGGAGCAGGGUGGUGAUUCCACGGAAGGAAAUGCUAAACCAAAGAGAAGCUUCUAUGCGGCGAGGGAUCUGUACAAGUACCGACAUCAGUACCCACAGAACUUCAAAGAUAUCCGAUACCAAAAUGACUUGAGCAACCUUCGCUUUUAUAAGAAUAAAAUUCCGUUUAAGCCAGAUGGUGUUUACAUUGAAGAGGUUCUGAAUAAGUGGAAAGGAGACUAUGAAAAGCUAGAGCACAACCACACUUACAUCCAAUGGCUUUUCCCCCUGAGAGAACAAGGCUUGAACUUUUAUGCUAAAGAAUUAACCACAUAUGAAAUUGAGGAAUUCAAAAAGACAAAGGAAGCAAUCAGAAGAUUCCUCUUGGCUUACAAAAUGAUGCUAGAGUUCUUCGGGAUAAAGUUGAUUGAUAAGACUGGAAAUGUUGCUCGGGCCGUGAACUGGCAAGAACGGUUUCAACAUCUGAAUGAGUCUCAGCACAACUAUUUAAGGAUUACCCGAAUUCUUAAAAGCCUUGGUGAGCUUGGGUACGAGAGUUUUAAAUCUCCUCUGGUAAAAUUCAUUCUUCAUGAGGCUCUCGUGGAAAACACUAUUCCCAAUAUCAAACAGAGUGCCCUGGAGUACUUCGUUUAUACAAUUCGAGACAGGAGGGAGAGGAGAAAGCUCCUGCGGUUUGCCCAGAAACAUUACACACCAUCAGAGAAUUUUAUAUGGGGGCCACCUAAGAAAGAACAACCAGAGAGAAGCAAAGCCCAGAAAACACCUACUCUGCCCGCUUUAGGCUCGAACGGCCAAACUUCUACGCACAAGAAAUCUAAGGACUCCAAAAAUUCCUCAGCAGCUAGUCACUUAAAUAACAAAACAGUGGAAGAAAAAAAGGUGGCAUCUAGAGAGCCCGGGGAGGAGACAGACAAGCCAAGCCCAGAGGCCAGCAGUGAAGAUACCAAGCCAAGAAACUCGGAGGACGACAAUGCUGCCGACCAAUCAGAGUCUCCACCCAAGAAAACCGUUAAUGAUUCCGCAGGAAAAGGGGAAUGUCCGACGACUUCUUCUGAAAAAGAUGGAGAAGGGGAAAACCAGAGCAAAGACUCUGAAAACCCUGAAAAUACCAGUUGUCACGCUGAGGUAGUGUCACAGCAAAAUGUCACAAACCCACAAACCAGUUCUGGUUAAGGGAGUUGAAAGAAAAACCCUGCUGUCUAAUGUAUCCUGAAGGACAGAGAUGAGGUCGCAUUUAAAAUGUUAGCCACCUGUGACUUUUGCUGUAAGCCCUUUGUUCUCCUUUUUUAUUUUGGAUCACGAUGAAUUGAACAUUUAAUAAGAAAUCUUAAGACCAGAUCCAAUAAAAGAAUGUAUUUAGGAUGUGUUUUCAAAUUCUGUACAUAACAGUCACUUGAAAAGUAGUUUCAAGUUGUCUAGGCACACUUCCGUAGCAUAUGCUCUCCAACAUGUUCUCUCGAGAGAUUCCUGCAGACAUUAGGCCCCUCUGGUGAUGCAGCAGCGCCUGGCUUUUAGAUUAGCGGAGGAUGAUGAGUGAGGUGUGCCCAAAAGUUUCCAGAAACUAAUCUGGAUUCUCAGAUUACGGCGCCUCAGAGCUCUGCCGUGGUUUGCUGCCCUCCUCUUCUCCCUCUCUUCUUGCUUGGGCAUCACCGUCUCUCUCAGCCACCACACGUUUUCCAGUAUACGGCAGGGCCCUCUCCUAUACCGGUGUCCAGGUGGAACAGAGGGGAUAUUUACUAGUCUGAUUUCAUGAUUUUUUUUAAGUUUCAUAAUAACAAAAAUAUUCUCAGUAUUAAGUGUUUAGAAAGGAUUUUUUUUUGUCUGUAUGUAAAAACAAGGAAUGAAAAUAGACUUUUGGUUUUUUUUCAUGGCUGUUCUAUACAAAAUUGGUAGUUGAUUAUGGAUGCAAAUCACUGAGGAAUGUUAUAAAAAACACAAAAAAAAAUUAGUCAUUUUGCAAAGAUGACUCUUCAUACUGUCAACAAGUUUGUCAACAGUUGUUGCUCAAUUGUCCUUUGAGCCAUUAGUGUAGUGGUGCCAUGAGGACUAUGCUGAUGUCACCAGUCCAUGGUGUCUACAUGUAUGUAGUAUGUUCAUCUUUAUGUAUGCCUAUUCAUCUCAUCUUCAUGUAAUAUGUGUAAUGUUCAUCUUCAUGUAUUGUAUAUAACAUUCAUCUUCAUGUAUUGUGUAUGUAUGUUCAUCUUCAUGUGUUGUGUGUGUAAUGUUCAUCUUCAUGUAUUGUGUGUGUAACAUUCUUCUUCAUGUAUUGUGUAUGUAUGUUCAUCUUCAUGUGUUGUGUGUGUAUGUUCAUCUUCAUGUAUUGUGUGUGUAUGUUCAUCUUCAUGUAUUGUGUGUAUGUUCAUCUUAAUGUAUUGUGUGUGCAACAUUCUUCUUCAUGUAUUGUGUAUAUAUGUUCAUCUCCAUGUAUUGUGUAUGUAUGUUCAUCUUCAUGUAUUGUGUGUAUGUUCAUCUUCAUGUAUUGUGUGUGUAUGUUCAUCUUCAUGUAUUAUCUGUGUAUGUUCAUCUUCUUGUAUUGUGUAUAUAUGUUCAUCUCCAUGUAUUGUGUAUGUAUGUUCAUCUUCAUGUAUUGUGUGUAUGUUCAUCUUCAUGUAUUAUCUGUGUAUGUUCAUCUUCAUGUAUUAUAUAUAUAUGUUCACUUUCAAGUAUUAUAUCUGUAUUUUCAUCUUUCAUUUGUCAUUUGAAACUGAGGACAGUUUGAAAUUAUAUAUACCCACUUUAAGUAAAUAUUAGAUUUGCAUAGCAUUGGUUAAAAGCUUUUUUCUACAGUUAUUACUAAUUAUUAGUGCGUAUCAGAAGACAAUCAAAAACACUGUGAUAGGAACUUUUGAACACUCAUACAAGCCGACGAAGUGAUGAACAGAAAAUAUUUUUACUUUUUUUUUAAAUGAGCAAAGAAUUGACUUUUAAAAAUCUCUCUUCAGCUUUUAAGAAAAGCCCCAUGUGCUUUUACCCACCCCACCCCCACAGCCCAGGGAAGCCUUCCUAUUUCCUCUUUUGUAGUAUGUCAUAUAAUCGUCUUCUUGGCAUUUUCAGCCCACGUCAGGGUGAUUCCUACAAUACUCCCGCCAAUCUUAUGCUUUUAGAAAUAAGAUUCUAUUGUUUUUAAAUGUACACAGCCCAGUUAUUUAUCUCUGACUUUAUCUGUGCAUCAUAGUGGCACAGCUAUGAGACACAUGUAUCUGUCAAUCAUAUCCCUGUAAGACAAGAAGCACUUCAUUGUUCUAGGUAGGUAAUACAUCAGCUUCCGCUUGUUCCAAUGUGAGAAGUGUUAAGACUUUCAGGUAGCAAUCCCAGUUUAAAUCCAGUUCAGUGCAAGGGAUGCAUGGACUCUCCUAGGAGACGUUUGUAGCACCAGUCUAAGAUGUCAGUAGACGUUUGCACGGGGUUCAUGAAUGGAAGAGGAUUGCCAAGUUAGGCUGAACUGUAGGGAUAUGAGCAAUUAAAGAUGUCUUAAUUUUGAAAACACAAUGAAGCAUUCAGACCACCUUAAAGGUGUUUAGUAUAAAAAAAUGUGGGACCAGGAGACUAGAAAGAUGACUGUAGUAAAGAGCUCUUGUUGCUCUUCAAGAGGACCAGGGUUCGGUUCCUCUCCUGGGUAGUUCACAACUGCCUUUACUACCGGGGAUCUGACUCCUUGUUCUGGCUUCUGGGGCGGUGGGACCUGCAUGCAUGUGGUGCACAUACAUUCAAGCGCACACAUACACAACUUUUAAAAACUAGACAUGGGGCCAGAUACUAAAAAUAGUUUUAAAAAACAAGCUACCAGAUACUAAAGUUAAUAUAAUCUAAAUUACUUAGAAAUUACAGUAGGCCAGAACCCUUAGAAAUAAAAACAUCUAACAAUACAGAUUCUAGAGUAUUCUUCCUCAUUAAUGAUUUUGUUAGGUUAUGCUAUUUAAUUUGAGAAGACUUAGUCUCUAGAGGAGAACUCCCUGGCUUCCAUCUAAAAUAGUGGCCUUUUUCCUAUGGCGGUUAAUUAAACUGUGUAUUCAUAAAACGACAAUGUUUCCUACAUUUAAUCUGUAAAUAGCAGAGAAAAUAACUCAGCGAAGAACAAGUUGAAGGAAGUCGUUCAUUUUGCUGAUAAAAAUUGAGCAUCUCGAAUUUUUUCUAUAAAGAGCACUUUGUACAUUUAAUAGUUUUUUAACAUAAGAUCGAUAGACAAUGUGUUUAUGUGCGUGUUGGAUAUCAAACAGUGGUCUGAACUUGACUUAGAUGGUUUGCGUUGCUUACACCAUAUGCUUACAGUAAUUUACUGAGAAGCUGUUCCAGACAGUGCCGUGCCGCAUGGCCAAGUAGCUAGAAGCAUCGCUAAGCAUCAGCAGGUGUUCUCAAGGGUCUUCCUUGGACCCCAAGCCGCAAGGCUACAAAGUGUCAGCUGUUGAUAAAGUUACAUUUCACAACAAAUAGAUACUAUAUUGCUUGAUUAGCUUGGUGCAUUUCUAAUACUUUUUUUUUGCUUUCAUAUUUCAGAGGGGAAAAUUAUAUGUGAAGAUAUUUUGAAAUACUAUAAAGUGAUAAAUAGUUCUAUAUUUCUGUACGGUGGAGAUGUUUCUGACAUUAAGAUUAUUGUAUUCUGCAUUUUCAAACUCAUUCUAAUAGGAAAGUUUAAAUCGUCAUCAUGGUCUUGAAAAAUCUUAUCGGCUUCUUCCAAAUCGAGGCUUGUUAAUUAAAUUGUAUAGUUUUGUUUUUAGGUUUUGAAAUUCUAAUUCUUAGUUUUAAGGAACGGAAGAUCUACAACUCAGGAGUUACUAGGAAAGUUUUAAUAUUUGAUUUUUUUUUUGGCGUUACAUAUAUAAAUACUUGAAUGUGUAAUAAAAACCUGUCCUAGCCAUGACACAUUGUACCACGCCCUCCUGAUUUUCAUAAUUUACCAGGAAUGAAGGUAGGAUGGGUUGAGAAGGAAGAACCAUACACCUAGGUAGUCCUUAGAAAGAUCAUUUUGCUAAGUCAACCUACAUGUCAAAUGGUAUUUUAAAGUAGUUAAUGAACACAGCAUAUUUGCUUAGUUAUCUUAAAGUCAAAGUUUGUCACACAGCCAUUUAGCCAAGCAAAUUUAAAACUAUUCUCCAGGCUCCUCUAAACAGAACAUUUAAAAACUUAGUUAUAAUUACAUCAACAGACCUUUGAUGACUAUUUGGAGUAAGAUUUCCUAGUUACAGGAGGAUUGGGGAGUAGUUGAUUUUGGACUAUUUUCCUUUUCCUUUCACUGCGUGCGUGUGCGCGAGUAUCAUUCAAGGUGGGGGUAGUUUUAAAGGAAGAUGGCUGCAGUGAAUGUCGUAUAGAGUAGCCUAAUAAUGCUUGUCUACUUACCUCUUUAAGCAUUGACUUUGUUGCAGGAACAGAUUUGUGUGGGAAAUCUCUAGGCUGACAGUGAAAACUACCCUACCUCCCGCACUGUUCUAGGGAGCCAGUCCCACCAAGCAGAUUGCACUCAGGGACAGUCUGUAUUUAGAAAUCUCAUUAUUGAAAUAAACACUAUAGUUCUAACUUGAAUGCCUAGAGGUUUCAGAUGUGCCUUAAUGAACGUAAAUGGUUUUCAUUCAGAAGUUCUCAUUACUAUCCCAUUGUAAACUCUUGCCACGAGGAACCCAGAGCACCCAUUCUUAAAGAGUAUUCAUCUCAAUAUUUAACAAUGUGUCACCUUUGCUGAAAUGAUUCAGAGGAGCAAAGAUUCUCCUGCACUGGUUAUUUUGUUUCUCAGUUCUGUUACAUGCUGGCCUGUUUAAACAUCCUUUGGUUAAUACAAGUCAUAAUGGUUCCUCUUAUCUUCUGUUCUUGCAUUCAGGUGGCUACGUGAAAUGGAAUGUUAUUAGAGAAAUUACUCAAGCCUUCAUUCUCGUAGUUGUUAGGAGGAAUCUGAAAUUAGUUUGAAAAACCUUAACAUUACCUUCUUAGUCGACACGUUUAGAAAGGCUUGUCCUUGCUUUCCCUCUAGAUUAGAGAAAGUAUUCAAUGUCAUCUAAUAUCACCAGUUCUCUUGUGAAAUUUGUUUUCAUUAUUUGUGGAAAGUAUUUUCUUCUUGAAUUAAAGUUUCAUGUGGA